CUGGAUCAACAAUGGCGGAAGCAAUCGUGGCCGUAGCUCUAGAAACACUACGAGAUCUGCUGGUAGAAGAAGGCAGGCUGUUAGUCGGCGUUGGCGGGAAGGUGAAGGCGCUUCAAACGCAGCUCAAAGAGAUCAAGUGUCUCCUCAGAGACGCCGACAGACGGCAUCACAAAUGCGAAACCGUGCGGAAUUGGCUCUCACAGAUCAGAGAUCUCUCGUACAGAGCUGAAGGCGUCAUCUUAGAAUACGCCGUCAGAAUCUCAGCCGAUGGACGCCGCCGCCGCGGCUUUAAACUAUUCCUCCGCAGGUUUAGGUUUUUGCGCCUCUGCUUCUCGCUCCACCGCCUAGGCUCGGAGAUCUCGUACAUCAAAUCGGAGCUCGCUAGAGUCUCCGGCGAUAUGAAUGCUUACGGCAUAAGUAGAAUCGUCGACGGAGAUGGGAGCUCCGCCGCAGGCAUCCGAAAUUGGGCGAGGAAGACCUUCCCCAGUUUCGAAAUUGAAGAUUGCUUUGUUGGGAAAGAGGAUGAUCUGAAGAGGCUAGUUUCGAUCCUGCUCCACGACGACGAGCAUCGAGUGAUUUCGGUGUGGGGAAUGGGCGGUAUAGGCAAGACAACCAUUGCCAAAAAGGUGUACAAUCACAUGAUUGAGGCUGGAAAUGGUCGAUUUGAUUCCUUCGCAUGGGUUUGCAUUACUCAGAAGUGUGAAAUUCGAUCGGUUUUGGAGGAUGCUAUGAAGCAGCUAGAUCCACAGGAAGGGGAGGGCGUUUCGAGUCUGUGCGACACACAGUUAGUGGAGAAAUUGUGUGAAAUUCAGAGAGGGAAGCGAUGCAUGAUUGUGCUUGAUGAUCUUUGGGAAAUUUGUCACUGGGAUGGACUCAAGCAUGCCUUUCUUGUUCAGAAUUUGAAGACCAAGAUUUUGGUGACCACGCGCAAACAGAGUGUAGCAGAGAUUGGAUUCUCUGUGGAGCUUGGCCUGCUUAAUUUGGAGGAUUCAUGGGAAUUACUGAAAAAGAAAACAUUUCCACACAAGAAAAUUCCAGAAUUUGCAUUGCAAGAAAAUGUCAUAACAAUUGGGAAAGAAAUGGUUCGAAAAUGUGGUUUUUUGCCGUUAGCAAUUUCUUUACUCGGAGGGGUCUUGAGUAAGAAAACUUGUGUGGGAGAGUGGGAGUUGGUGAAUGAAAAUAUCAAUGCAUCUAUAUAUAGAGGUGUGGGGCAUGGUGGAGAGGAAAAUCAGAUUGAUGGAGUGCUGAAUCUGAGUUAUCAAGAUCUACCUUAUUGUUUGAAGCCGUGUUUUCUUUAUUUGGGUAGACUUAAAGAGGAUGAAACCAUAUAUGCUCCUGAUCUAUAUAGGAUGUGGAUAGCACAAGGCCUGAUUUCUGAUGAGAAUGUUAAAGAAAAUGGUGUAACUUUAACCGACACUGCAGAGCUCUACUUAAGUGAGUUGGCUUCGAGGUGUAUUGUUCAAGUUGAAACUGAGGAUGUUAUACCCAAGCAGAAGUUUAAGACAUGCAAACUUCAUGAUGUGGUAAGAGAGCUAUGUUUAUCAAUGGGGGAAAAGGAGGAAUUUGGUGUACAAGUCUUGGAUUAUCAAGGUGGGAAGUUUAGUACUUCACUACAGGAAGCUCUGUCUCGUGCAAAGACACGACAUUUGACUAUCCAUUUCAAAACAGAGGUUCAGGUAGAGCGUGAUGAGCUUACUGUCACUUGUGCAAAUGAUAGUAGCAAGCUUCUUAGAUCUCUUGAAAUACUUUGUGAUAUUGAAAAGAAAACUAUUGAAUUCCCCCCACAAUGUAUAGUUGACUUUCGGAAAUUCAAGUUGCUUAGAGGUCUAGUUAUCUUGAGGUUCAAAUUUGUGGACAAAAGGUUACCUAAGGGAAUCACUGAUCUUGUUCACCUUAGAUAUUUGCGUCUGCGAGAAUGUGAACUUGAUAGCCUGCCCUCUUCUAUAAGCAAUUUGACCUACUUAGAUACCCUUGAUUUAUAUCUGUCUAGGAAUGUUCGAAUUCCAAAUGUGUUGAGCAAGAUGUCCAGAUUAAAACAUUUGCUCCUUCCUCUCUAUGACAUGGAAAAAGUUGGAAAUUACCAAUUGAAAUUGGAUGAUUGUGUUGAUGAGCUGGAGAGCCUAAUAGGCUAUGAUAGUUCAGUGCACGAAUUGAAACAUAUUACAAGUACGAAUAAUCUACGACGUUUAUCAGCAUCAGUAUGCGACAAUGAAAGCUUAUCAGCUCUGACGAAUGCCAUCGCCACCAAGUGGAACAAGCUAUCAUACUGUACGUUUUCAAUGAAACAGGGCUGUGAAUUCACUUCAAAUGAAGAAGGGUUGAUGAAGUUUAAGCAAGCAUUCACAUGUCCCAAUCUUUAUGCCUUGAGAAUCUGUGUCAAGUUAGGGAACCUUCUAGAAGAGUGCAUAAGCGACAUUGUGACUUCAAAAAUUGUGAAGUUAUCACUGUUAGAUUGCGAGAUCGAGCAUGAUCCAAUGGGGAUUCUUGGAAAGCUUCCCUCUUUAAGAGAAUUGUAUUUAGGGCCAAGAUCAUUUCUUGGGAAGAAGAUGACAUGUCCUGCAUUCAGUUUUCCUUUGCUCAAGAAGGUUUCUCUAAAUAGAUUACCAAACUGGAGGGAGUGGAUAGUGGAGCCAGGAGCCAUGCCCCUUGUUACUGAAAUAAUUAUUGGUCGUUGUCCUCGUUUCUGGAAGGUUCCAGAAGGAUUUAGUAGCAUUCAAACUCUUCAAAAAUUGGUGAUUUAUGGUGUGCCAGGAUUGAGGAAAAGGGUUUGGGGAUCAGGUCAAGGGGGUGUGGAUUUUCACAAAGUUCGUCAUGUCCCUUCAAUUAUCAUAAAUUAGCCACCACUCAGGAUGAACAUCCCUCUUUUGAAGUGAGAACAGCUCUCAUAUAGGAGUGCAAAAUAACAUUUGCUAAUGAAGUCUAGUCUUUGAGUUGAGUUGAGUUGAAUAGUGUAUUAUGAAAUGUAGUAUAUUAUGUAUGAGGUGAAUAGUGUAUUAUGAAAUGUAGUAUAUUAUGUAUGAGGUGAAUAGUGUAUUAUGAAAUGUAGUAUUCUAUGUAUGAUGUGAAUAGUGUAUUAUGAAAUGGAGUAUUUAGGAAUAUAAUAAUGCAAUGCCAAUAUUUCUCUA